AUGUCCUUCCCAUCAGAGCAGCAACCCAAGCCAACCCCCCCAAGCAAAUCGACCCCAACAUUGCCACCCGCUGAAACCCCUACCGAGCCGCUUUUAAACUCAGAAAUCCAGGAGAUAAGCGAAGAAGAAUUUUUAACUAGUCUGAUCAAGACAAGAGACCAUGCCUUGGCCACUUCCAAAUCACGAUUCCCCAAAUCAAUCAAGGAAGACUUUUCUCGAAUUGUGCUUCGUUUGGAUCGUAUCCUCAAAGAUUACGAGUCAAACAAAUCUCUUCCCACUGACGAGUGCCUAAUGGUGAAGCCAUGCACAAAACCAAGCAUCACUCGGGCUUCUUCUUCUGUACCCCCAAAACCAAAAAAAACGCAGAAAUCCAAACGAAAAUCGCAUCCACCUGUUCCAAUUACUUCUCACAUGUCAACCUCAACGAGUCAAGCUGAAAACGAUACUUCCCUGACAAAAUCACAAGGGAACACUCAGACUGAUAAAAAUGCGACUACAGAUGAAGUUUCAGGCCGUACAACCUGCGAAGACAAAACCUCAUCAAAUCCUCUCUCACCCGUGGAUUCUGUUGGCGGACCUGAUGCUGACACUGAUGAUGAACAACCGAGCUCUCCUAUUCCACCGAAAAACCAAGAUUCUGCCAUUCCUACUCGAAUCCUCACUCGUAAUCGCUUGAAUCCACCCACCGAAAAAACCGGACCAUCGACAACAUCUACCACAGAAAAACAAAACACGACAAACAAGAGACACAUUAGUGGCCAGAAGAAAUAUAAAAUCCCCGGAAACAUUCGUGAAGAGAGGAGUUCUAGCUUAACCCCCCCUCCUUCUGACAUAGCCUCCGAACAUCAUACUGAAGCCGAUUCAUCACACCAUACUGACGAGGAUCAAUCUCCCGCCAAUGUCACUGGGCCAACCGAACUCCCUUCAGCUCAAAACAAUAGUGAGACAACCACUGCUCCGAUUUCCCGAGAAACAUUCACCAUCAUUGUGUCUGAAUCUUUUCGUAAGAAGAUUCAUGACCUGGUUCAAACGUUUCAAAAAGGUCGUGUUACCAAGCAAAAGUGGGAGAAAGAUGUAUCCAAAAUCCCAACUGCGACUUUCAUUUAUAACAAUGCCCUGUUCACAUAUGAGACCUGGAUCAAAGAAAUCUCUGAUACUGCGACAUCUUUCCUUUCUCAUUCAGAUUCCGAAUUCUGGUUCUCUAAAGAUAUUUUUAAUCUUGACUUUCUCAAGAAACAAGUUCACACGUCAAAUCCAAUCCUUCCUUACAAUUGCAAAACUACCCAUCCCGAGUCAAAUCUACUUCGAACCCUUGCCUUUCUCCUCAAGAUUCCCAUCAAUCGGGUUUUGCGAGAGUGGGCUAAGACGGUUGCCCUUUCAAUUCAAACGAUUUCCGAUGAGAAUCCCAAAGCUCCCCAGAUUGCAUCAGGAGCAACUUCGAUGAAACGGCAUGUACUAGUAUUACAAUGGCUCAACACUCUGAAGAACACAAUGCCGACUCUACCACAGCUAACUGAAGGUCCAUCCAACACUGUCGAGGAGAUUGAAGCCACGAACACCUCAACUGCUCCCCCUAGUGAUGCACUUGAUGAUUUCCGUAAGGUCAUCAUCGAGAUGAUGAUGUCCUACACCAUAAUUGAAGCUCAUUCACAAGAUCAGUAUAAUCCGCGAAAAAAGUCAAAGAAUAAUGAAGGAACAUCCAGAGCUAUUUCUAAGAAGACCCCCGAUCAUCAAUCUCUUCAAAAAAUUGAAAGUCGCCAUAACUACCUCCCAUUUCUUCUUUAUCUGCUUGGCGGUGUGCGUGGAAUUUUUAACGCCUCUCGGGACCACCGACAAUAUGCGAUAUGUGAUACUCUAGAGGUCUUGCACAUUUUUAGAGAAAUUCAAUUGACCUCUCCAACCGAGUUCAAGUCUUCCGAAGAAGUGUGGGUAAAUCUAGGCACCUACAUUCGCCAAAUUCUCUCUUCUGUCAUUCAAAACCCUGAAGAUGUUUCGAAAUUUGUCAUCCCUACCCGUCAUGAACUAGCCAAGCGUAUUGCGCAUGAUUAUAUCAAUCAUACUAGUCAAGAAUCUGACUUAUUCAACAUUCCACAAACACGUAGUCUGCAAUAA